AUGUGUCAAUCAGUAGCAGAGUCCUACGCUGGAAAAAGCAUUUUUAUCACUGGUUGUACAGGAUUCUUGGGGAAAGUACUCUUAGAGAAAAUACUCUACAGCUGUUCCGAUGUUAAAAAAGUCUACAUACUUCUUAGAGGGAAGCGGGGAUUGACGGUUCAAGAGCGUCUUAAGAGUAUGCUAGAGCUACCAGUAUUUUCAAGACUUAAUAGAGAGAAAGCGAAAUUUAUUGACAAAAUAGAACCGAUAGUCGGUGACGUAAGUCAGGAAGGUCUUGGUAUCUCCCCAGAAGACAAAGUAACGCUUAUUAAUGAGGUAUCAUACGUAUUUCAUGCGGCUGCAUCGAUCAAGUUUGUCGCACCGCUACAUGAUUUGCUCAACAUCAAUGUCAAGGGUACUGAGAGGGUAUUAUCUUUAUGUAAAUGUAUGAAGAAGCUGGAGGUCCUCGUUCAAGUUGCAACAGCGUAUUCCAAUACACACAGUAUAUUUAUCGAAGAGAAAGUUUACCCAUCACCAAUUCCUCUGAGCCAUAUUGAUCAUUUGAUAAACGAACAGCCAGAUGAAGAGAGAACUAAAAUGAUAAUAGGAGAUGAGCCAAACGCAUAUACAUUCUCUAAGAAGCUGGGAGAGGCUUUGUUGGCGGAAAAAACAUGGUCAUGUUCCCGUUAUUAUUAUAAGGCCUUCAAUUGUAACUGCAAGUCUAUCAGAACCGAUCCCAGGAGUUCUGCCCGGGAACGGACGCAACCGGCAACAAAGAAAAUACUGCCACAAAGCGUAAAAGUUUACGCUUGUGCUACAAGUACAGAGAAGCCUUUGACGCUAAGGGACUUAUUAAAUCUGACCACAAUAAGUAGUAAAAGAAAUAAAUUUAAUGAACUACCAUUUCCUGAUGUUUACUUUACAAAUUCCAAAUUUUUACUGGUUUUCUUAUCGGCUGUCCUACAAACUUCUCCUUUAACACUGGCUGACGCUUUGUUACGGAUUUCAGGAAAAGACCCUAAAUACCGAAAAAUACUGCGAAGAAUAGAACAAGUCCGCGAUGUAUUAGAAAUCUUCACGACAAACUCUUGGAAGUUCAGCACGAUGAACAAUUACUGUCUCUUCUCAUCUUUGUCACCGAGUGAUCAAAUAACCUUCCCUUUCAGUCCAUCAUUAAUAAAUUGGUCAGAGUAUAUUCCUAUAUACUUCGACGGAAUGGUUAAAUAUUUAUUUAAGAAAAACCCGGUUUCAUCUGAUCUCUCAUAG